AUGGUUUCGAAAUCUCAAAGUAAGGAGGCUCAAGUAUCAAAAGGUCAAAGCAAGGACCUUGCAAUUUCAAAGGCUCAAAUGAAUGAAGCCAAAGCACUUCAAAGCAAUUCCUCGAAGAAGAUGAGACUUACUUCAACCUCUGAGAAAAACCCUAGCUCAACAACAUUUGAUGAGGAGUCAAAAUCUUCUCGUGGUAUCAACACAAUGAGCCGUGUUGUGAAAAGGAAAAUCCAGAAGAUUAAACCUGUAGUUGAGUAUAAUAAAAGGGGCAAACCACAUGGCAAGGCUGCUGUUGAGAUGCAUUCUUACAUUGGUGUUUUGGCACGCACCAAAGUCCCUCUUGUGGACAAUAAAUGGACUCAAUUGCCCAAGGAUAUAAAGGAGCAGAUUUGGGAAGCUGUUGAAAUGGCUUAUGUUGUUGGGCAAGGGGGCAAGAAGAUGGUGCUAUUGUCUGCCGCCAAAAAAUGGAAGGAUUUCAAGUCUACCUUAACUAAGAAGUUUAUCCUUCCAUUCACAAAUGACAAGGACAAGUUAAAAGAACCCCCUAAGCUAUAUAACUUCAUAAAGAAAUCGCAAUGGGAUGCCUUUGUACUUCAAGGUUAUCCCCAGAAUUUGAGGCUGUGCAUUCUGAGCAGUCACAGAGAAGGGAAAAAUGCGAGUACAACCAUAGGUUGUCUCGAAAAGGGUAUGUUGGUUUGGAGGACCAAUUAG